UCUCGAACAUUAGUGGCACCAAGAUGGUUUGGGAUUAAAAAAUUCUACCUUUAUUUUAUUCAGGCAUACAUUGUCUUGAGAUGCCGGAAAAGUAAGACUUAUGACUUUAGUUAUUCGAUCUUGGAUCUUAAUUGGGCCAUGAUUUUGGAUUUUUAUUUACGUAAAUUACUCUAAUAAUUAAGAGUAUUAACAUUUUUUCAAAAGAAAAAAAAAGGGUAAGUCUAGCAAAUUAUAUUGAUAAUAUACAAAACUUAUUUCCACGGCAUGCGAAGGUGUAGGUCAUUUUUCAUUUGGCGGGGGCGUCCGUAGAAAAACCCGAAAGAGUUACUUCACCAUUUCCCGGCGUCCAUAUUUCAACUUUCCUCCUCUCUUCCCCGAUUUCAGACAGCCGUACCGGAGCGAAGAACCUCAUCAUUCAUCUCUUUGCUCAAGUUUACUCUUCCCUUCCGCCCUGUGCCCUAGCCUUCAACCUUCUUCUCAGCUUUUCUUUGUCAAUUUCGUGAUUAAUUAAUUAUUACUACCCAUCACUUCAGAUUCGACGGAGAAGAUUGCAAUAUGAGAAUCAAUCGAGGAACUAUGCGGCUUGUUGAACAAAUCCGAACACUGGCCCUACACUGCCGCAAUAAUUCUUCACGCAUUACUAAAAAUCCGUUACUUCCAUUUCAUUUCGAUCCUCUUUCUUCUCCGUCUUUCCGUUUCUAUUCUAAAGGGGAAGUUCAAUCGCAGCAGUUAUCAAUGGAGCUUAUCAAGAUAAUGGAACAAAGGUUGACGGCUAUUGAGCUCAGAAACACUUCUCUUCUAAAUAUAAUCAAUCGGCCAGAAGCUCCACCAGCCGACUACGCAAAGGCUAACAAGGAGCUUAAAAAACUCAGAGAUACAAUGAAUCUAAUAACUGAGUUGAGGUCUAAACAGAAGGAAAUUAAUGGUUUGAGAACGCUGAUGGAGGAAUGCUCAGAGGAUAGAGAUAUGUUUGAUAUGGCUACCGAGGAAUUGGAACAGGCAGUUGAAGAAGAGAAAAGAUUACAGCAGUUAUUGCUCAAGUCAUUACUUCCCAGAGAUGAUGCUGAUGAGAGGGAUUCCAUUUUGGAGGUGAGAGCAGGAACUGGUGGAGAUGAAGCUUCUUUGUUUGCCAUGGAUAUAUUCAAAAUGUAUGAGAGAUACGCACAGAAGAAAGGCUGGAAGUUUGAGGUGGUAGACAUAACAGAAUCAGAUCUAAAAGGAUAUAAGGAAGCCAUUGCUGCGAUAUCAGGUGCUGGGGUGUAUGGAAGACUUAAAUUUGAGAGUGGAAUUCACCGAGUACAGCGAGUUCCUGUGACAGAGAAAUCUGGACGAGUUCACACGAGUGCUAUUUCUGUAGCCAUUCUCCCUCAAGCAGACGAGGUAGAUGUAGAGUUGAAGAACGAGGACCUAAGAAUAGAUACGUACAGAUCUGGCGGUUCAGGAGGUCAGCAUGCAAAUACCACGAACAGUGCUGUUAGAGUGAUUCACAUUCCAACUGGGUUGACUGUGACCAUACAAGACGAGCGAUCCCAACAUAUGAACAAAGCUAGGGCGCUUAAAUUAAUAUGUGCAAAGCUAUACGAAAUGGAACGACGUAGAAUUCAGAGCAGUCGAUCAAAACUUCGAUCAGAACAGAUUGGUAGUGGGGACAGAUCGGAACGCAUCCGCACAUACAACUUUCCGCAGGGGCGGGUAACAGAUCAUCGAGUAGGCAUUACCGACCACUCAAUUGAGGAGGUAAUGCAGGGGGAGAAUCUGGAUACAUUCGUGGACGCUCUGUUAUUGCAACAGGAAAUGGAUGCAAUUGCAUCCUUCACUUCCUCUUCUUCGUAGUGGUACUGAAGAAGAAGUGGUAGUGAAGAGGAGAAGCAUUGCAUCAAAUAAGAUCUCCCCACUUUGCAUUUGAUUCAGGUAAAAGAAGAAAAAAAAAGGGGUUUCUUAUAGAAGUACAACACGAGUAGAACGUGGUGGGGGUUAAACACAACACAAUUUUGAAGGGAUUAAAUUUCAUUUAUUUUACAAUGAUUAGUAGUAUGUCGUAGUAGUAAAAUUGAUAGAGCUGUAAACAGGAGUUUGGAUUUGAAUUCGUCGGAGAAGUCAUCCUGAUCCUGAAAAAUGCAAAACUUUGAUGGAAGUUAAAACAAAGGUUAAACUUAUCAUUUUAGUUCUUAAUACUUUCAAGUAUAGGGACUAAAAAAAUUGUAAUUUUACCUAAAAUAAACAACAAAAGUUCAAAGGAAAAGAGAAGCAAAGAAAUAUAGAUAUAUAAGGGGAUGCAGAUAGAAAAAUAAGGGGCAGCCAGGGAAGAGGCAGUGCAUGAGUAGAGGCACAACAGGAAGAUAAAAGGGUAAAAGGUAUGUGUUGAUCUGAUUUUGAGACUGUUGAGGACUCCAUUCAUGCUCUGUCUGUUCCCCGCUGCUCUUUCUCCCCCAACCCCCAAACCUCAACUUCAACUACUUACCAUUGUUGUGUGCUAUGUAUGUGUUUGAAGGAUUUCCAUGGUCAUUGGUGAAUAUUAGGCUUAAAUAAUAAGCACCUGCAUAGCCUAGCCCUAGCUAAGACUUGUGUUAAAGUACAUUCUACAUUUUGCCAAGUACAACUCUCCCCCCUACACAUGAAUGUACUACAAAGUACAUAGUCAUUUGGCUGACUCCAAUUUCAACUCAUGGUUGUACUGCAUGUGCAAGAAGUACUUGUACUCUAUAAUGGGGAAUUUGGAACUACUCUCUCCCUACUCCUUCCUUCCAUGUUUUUCCGUUGCCUGGUCAACACGAAACAUCGUUGCUGCAUCUUCAUGUUUGAGCAACAAUGACCGAAUUUAAUUUUGGUGAACUUUUUAAUAUAUACAAACACACUCACACGGUUGCCACACACUGAUGGUGUCUUAUUUAGGAUUCAGUACCCAAAUUUUGAGCCUAAAAUAAGACAUGUGAUACUUUGCUAAAAUGAAACUUCGUAAACGUAGAUUGGUCCUCUCUCGCGUUAAUGUUCUCGCUCUUUCAUUUUACUCCUCUCUCCUCUCUCUUUCUCGCUCAGAGUCUUAGACUCCAACACGAACUUGUCGAGAUCGAAGACUUGAGUGCACAACAGAGAUAGAUUUGAAAAGCCGCAUGAAGAAGAGACCCUCUGCAAAACAAUUCCGUGAAGAGAAGCAGCGACAACACUGAGGUACUGAAAUGGAAGAGAUGUCGUGAGAGCAAGGAGAAAUGUUGAUCAACGGCGGAGGCAAAGCUCAAGAAAAUAAAGAAGGGGAAAGGUAAAAAAAAACACAGAGAAAAUCAAGAGAAGAAAGAAAGAAAAAGUAAGAAAACUAAGUAAUUUAAUAAUUUUGAUUGAUGAUGAUGUGAGCAGAGAACAAAUUUCUUAAAAUUCACAAGUCAAUUUAUUUUUUAGUGUUUACUUAUGUAA